UUCUCCGAGCCUCUAGCAAUUGUGUGACCCGCGUGUUUACACACUCCCAGGUCGGUUUACGUCUCUCUAGCCUUUUUAUGCUGUCUCAGCCUCAUCUCAUUUUUACGUUGUAAAGAAGGAACAGUGCCCUGUGUCAUAUUACACGUUAAAGUGCGAGGAAAAGAUGAAGGAGUCGAUAAUGAACCAGGAGAAGCUCGCCAAACUGCAGGAGCAAGUCCGCAUAGGCGGCAAGGGGUCAGCCCGCAGAAAGAAGAAGGUGGUGCACAGAACAGCUACAGCAGAUGACAAGAAGCUGCAGUUCUCCCUUAAGAAACUGGGAGUCAACAACAUCUCUGGCAUUGAGGAGGUGAAUAUGUUCACAAACCAGGGGACAGUGAUCCACUUCAAUAACCCAAAGGUUCAGGCCUCCUUGGCUGCCAACACCUUUACGAUCACAGGGCACGCUGAGAACAAGCAGCUGACAGAGAUGCUCCCAGGAAUCCUAAGCCAGCUGGGAGCCGACAGUCUUACCAGCCUCAGGAGAUUAGCGGAGACCCUGCCCAAACCAGCUGGAGAGAACAAAGCCCCCAUGGUUGCUGCUGAAGAGGAGGACGAUGAAGUUCCAGAUCUUGUUGAAAACUUUGACGAGGCUUCAAAGAACGAGGCAAACUAACAUCAGCGAACAUUUCAAGGCUCCUCUUGACUCACCAUACUUUGACACAGCAGCAUUUUGUAACUGUUCAUCUCUGUUACUGCUCUGUGGCUACAAACAAAACUUGCUUUUUAAUUGUAACCUUGACAAUUGGGCUAAAACAAGUAAAAUUGACUUUUUAAUGGCAGCUUACCUUGUCUGAUUUGCCUUUUGUUCUGCAAUACAAGUGAAAUUAUUUAAUUGAGUGGAAUGUGCAAACCUUUCUCUUUCUCACGCUGCCUCUCCUGCAUUGUGAUGCCUACACAUCAAAAAUGUAUUGGUGGAAUUAAUCAUGUAAUAAAGAUUACAUUUCAA